CAUUUUCCUCGAAUGCAGCAGAAGGACCAGAUGCUGAUGUUGCCGCAAGAGGAAGCAAUGCGCAUGCGUGUAGCUGACGGAAGCUCAUUGAUUCUUGACAUCUUUUGUUCGGUGUCUUUCUCUAAGCAGGCCGACGGAAAACGCAGCCGGUAUCCCACCUCAAUAUGACGUCACGUGUUGGCCACAAACCUGCUGCCUCCAAUGGAAGUGACUUUAAAUUCAGGGAGAAGGCGAAUGCACACUACCAAAUGAGCGCUUCUUUGAAGUCAGAGGUGCGCCGCUUGAAUGUGAUCCAUCUUCUGGUUUGGCUCCUGAUAGCCGCCCAAGUUGCCGUCAGUCACUUCGACCUGCUGUCACACGACACCGUUGCCAUGCCCUACCAGUGGGAGUACCCCUACCUUCUCAGCAUGGUCCCCCUGUUAUGCAGCAGUCUGUCGCUGCCCAAGAACAACAUCAGCUACCUGGUCUUGUCCAUGAUCAGCGCCGGGCUAUUCUCGGUGGCGCCGCUCAUCUAUGGCGGCAUGGAGAUGUUCCCCCUGGCGCAGCAGUUGUAUCGCCACGGCAAAGCCUACCGCUUCAUCUUCGGCUUCUCCGCGGUGACUGUGAUGUAUCUGCUCAUGGUGGUGGCGGUCCAAGUGCACGCGUGGCAGCUGUACUACAUGAAGAAGCUACUGGACUCGUGGUUCAGCGCCACGCAAGAGAAGAAGAAGAAAUGAUUGUAAAAAAAAGAAUUAUUUUUCAAUUACUUUAUUCUACAGGAAUCACAUGUUGGUAUUUAUUCUGGUUAUUUUGUGAUUUU